ACACAUCCGUGUUAGGGAAUUGUUUUGAUGGUAGACGUCAGAUUUCAUGGGGAAAACGUUGUUUAUUUUCUAAGCUUUCUCGGUCAUUUAUCUGAAGGCAACGUCAACAACAUAUGUUAUUUGUCAGUAGGGGUUGUUUUGUAGAGUUAUAGCCAACUAACUCUAGCUAAUGCAUCUCACGGCAGGUAACGUUAGCUAGCUAAUGUUAACUGUCAGUCUAGCUAGCUGGGUGAGUAGUUAGCCAAGCAUCGUUAGCUUGUUUCCAGCGACGCAGGCUAACAGAGCAGUCUUUAUCUUAAACGGCUUGUACGUUACUUUGUAGCUACCUAACUAGCACAGCUGUGGUCCUUCUCUACAGCGUAUUUAUAUACAGAUAGCUAGCUAACGUUAUUUACCACGGUUUCUUGCCUAGCUUUGCUAACUAGCCAGCAAAAUGGGUUAGGUUGUGGUGUUGACCAAACGAAGCUCAGUUAUUGAACGUGAUUUCUAAACUGCCAAUCAUAACCAGACACCCCAGUUGAACCAGACAUUUAUAGCUACCAUAUGGUUUAUCCAGCUAAUAUUAUCUAGUUAGCAUUGCUGCAAUUCAAUCAGGGAUCUUCCAAUAACGUCAUGCCAUGGUGCUAAGAAGGUUACUGAGAAAACGUUGGGUGCUAGGUGUGGUGUUUGGGCUGUCUUUGAUCUACUUCCUAACCAGCACCCUGAAACAGGAGGAGAGAACCAUACGGGAUCGCAACCUGUUGGAGGCCAGGGACCCGGAUCACCGGAUCCCAUGGAAAGUCAGGUUCAACCUGGGCAACAGUAGCAGGCAGAUCACUCAGUGCCGGAACUCCAUUCAGGGCAAAACGCUGCUCACAGAUGAACUGGGUUAUGUGUGUGACAGAAACGAUCUGCUGGUGAAUGGUUGCUGUAAUGUCAAUGCCCCCAGCUCAAGACAGUACAUUUGUAAAAGCUGUCUGGCCAACGGCUGCUGCAACAUCUACGAGCACUGUGUGUCCUGCUGCCUCCAGCCUGAUAAGCAACCUCUUCUAGAGAGUUUCCUCAACAGAGCUGCAGAUGGCUUCCAGAACCUAUUCACAGCCGUGGAGGACCACUUUGAGCUGUGUUUAGCCAAGUGUCGAACUUCAUCGCAGAGUGUCCAACAUGAAAAUACCUACAGAAAUCCACAAGCAAAAUACUGUUAUGGAGAAAGUCCACCUGAACUCCUGCCUAUAUGAUUGUUUGGACCUACGAUACUGUAUAAAAACUAAUAACGGUCCUCUGGGACCUAUGAGACUGUAUAGAAACUAAUAACGGUCCUCUGGGACCUACGAGACUGUAUAGAAACUAAUAACGGUCCUCUGGGACCUACGAAACUGUAUAGAAACUAAUAACGGUCCUCUGGGACCUACGAGACUAUAGAAACUAAUAACGGUCCUCUGGCACCUACAAGACUGUAUAGAAACUAAUAACGGUCCUCUGGGACCUAUGAGACUGUAUAGAAACUAAUAACGGUCCUCUGGGACCUACGAGACUGUAUAGAAACUAAUAACGGUCCUCUGGGACCUACGAGACUGUAUAGAAACUAAUAACGGUCCUCUGGGACCUACGAGACUGUAUAGAAACUAAUAACGGUCAUCUGGGACUUACGAGACUGUAUAGAAACUAAUAACGGUCCUCUGGGACCUACGAGACUGUAUCGAAACUAAUAAUGGUUGUCUGGGACUUACGAGAAUGUAAAGAAAACUAAGAGUCCAACUAAGAGCCAAGAGACACACCUUGAUACUCCGUGGAAAGACGGGAUUCCCCUUCAUCUUGUGUCGACAUAAUGGCCUUGAAACGUCUGACACCAUACGGUGCUUAACAGAUGGGAGCCACCAAGAACACCAAACCCUGUAUAGAGGGGAUUUGACUGACAAUAACGGACGCCAUGUUGAACCUUUUGAUGAAGUAAUGAGAGUAACAGUCUCUACAUAUGGCUCUGAAGAACACUAUCGUAACCUCACAAUGGACAAAUACUGUAUGUGAUAUAGCUAUAUUAUUUACACUUCAUAAGUGCAUAGCUUCAUAACUUCAUCAGUGAUGAUCAUCAGGGCUCAUUAAACCAGUUAGGAUUCACCUCAUGCUGCCAUUGUUCCACAUUAUGGUCAUGUUCAUUAGGGCACGCAACAGAAAAUGUUUAAAAAUGUUUGAGUCUCACAUGUUUUAGUCUUUUUGGUGCAAAAUGAACACGACUCAUGUUAUAAAGGUCUGUAUUUAAUGCCUGAUGAUAUACUGAAGGUUGUUAUUGGUUGUUUAGUCCUUAUUGUUGAAUAUAAAAACAAAACUAAAGAAUGUCUACUUUUGUGUGUAGUCGUGCAUGGAUAUUGACUGACUGGUUAUUUAAUAAAGUGACUGUGAAAGUUA